GAAACAAACACGUAGCAUCAAUUGGAUUGAGCAGCAGAUACUGAAUGACAUUGACGAGCCUUUCCAAGUUUCCUCCCGGGAUUCCCACAUCUAACUGACUGUCACUGACACACUCCCCCAAUCUGCGGUGAACAAUUUUCCCACCGAACAGUGCCACCGCCACCCUCCGUCACAUCACAUUCUCUCGUUUUCUUCUUUUGCAAAGGAGGCUUAUCAGCGUUUUAACGACUCCUAACCAGCUUCAAUGGCCGAGUCUCUUGUGGUUUCCUAUCGUAGUCGGGCACCGGUUGGUCUUCAACGUCGCUUUUUGCACCAAAACAACUGCCAUUCACUUCCAUUGCCGAAGCCACUCCUCUCUUUGACCCUCAAAAGCCCUCUCUCUUUGAAAUGCAACUCUGUUUCUACUUUGCUUCAUCGCCGAGUCAUCAGUUGCCCGGCUCCUGCCGCUCUUGACUCGGACGUCCCACAUACUCUUCACGAGGGAUCAGUGAAACAUGGGAGUAGUAAGAGCUUUGAGCAAUGGGAUUCAUUAACAGCGAAGUUCUCGGGAGCAGCAAGUAUCCCAUUUCUGUUACUGCAACUUCCUCAGAUCAUCCUUAAUGCAAGUAAUCUUUUGGCAGGAAACAAAACGGCCCUUUUGGCGGUCCCAUGGCUGGGGAUGUGUACUGGUUUGCUUGGAAACCUUUCACUGCUCUCAUACUUCACAAAAAAGAGGGAGAAUGAAGUGAUUAUUGUGCAAACAUUGGGCGUGUUAUCACAAUUUGUGGUAUUUGCGCAGCUUGCACUGGCAGAAGCCAUGCCUCUGCCUUAUUUUGUGGCGACUUCAAUUGUUGUUGCUGCUGGGCUUGUAUUGAAUUUCAUGAAUUAUUUCCACUGCCUCAAUUCUGCAAUCUGGCGCCUUUGGGAAGAUUUUAUUACCGUUGGCGGGCUAUCUGUACUUCCCCAAAUUAUGUGGUCCACUUUUGUCCCUUAUAUACCAAAUAGUAUCUUUCCAGGGGCAGUAGCUUUUGUUAUAGCUAUGGUGGCCGUUAUUAUGGCACGAACAGGCAAACUUUCUGAGAAAGGUGUGAAGUUUGUUGGAGCAAUAUCUGGGUGGACAGCUACCCUUCUCUUCAUGUGGAUGCCAGUUGCACAGAUGUGGACAAAUUUCCUAAAUCCUGACAACAUCAAAGGCUUAUCAACUUUCUCAAUGUUGCUUGCUAUGAUGGGAAAUGGACUUAUGAUCCCGCGGGCUCUCUUUAUGCGUGAUUUUAUGUGGUUCCUUGGUUCAACUUGGGCUACUUUGUUUUAUGGAUAUGGGAACAUUUUAUGCUUGUACUGUUUCAACGCUAUUAGUAGGGAAUGCUUCUUCGCAGCAACAACUGGUUUGUUUUUGUGGAUAGGAAUGGCUCUGUGGAAAGAUACCGUAGUAUAUGGUUAUGACUCACCUUUCACAUCUCUAAAGGAGCUGGUUUUCGGUUCUUAACACAAGGUGAUACUGCAAAUGGAGCUCAAUUAAUGCAGAAGUGACAUGGGCAAAUACUUCCUGAGCUUGAAAUUUUACAACUUCUCCUCUGCUGCCAAGUGCUUGAUUAACAAAUGUGACAGAAGUAUGCCAAGAGUUAGAUUAUAAUGCAUGUCGUAUCAUAAUUACUAUUGGGUUUUAUCUCCACAGUUUUGCUGGAAUAAUAACGUUGUAACUUCUAAAGAGAUAUAUGCAAGGCUUGCUAAUCAAAUAUCAAACCACACUGAACUUGUGAAAA